AUGUCCUACCAAAAUCAAGAGAUGCCGUACGGCCAGGUCCAUUCUGGCUCCCCUGGUCAGGAAUGGUUGCAACGCUCGCCCAGCUUCCCUCAAGGUCAAUAUCCCGCCGACGACAAGCCUCGCAUGCAUCGCGGAAUCUCUGAUCCAGCUUACCCGGGAGGAUACCCUGAGGUUGGAUACAAUCCUAGCGGCGACAUGUCCCCGCCGAUGGGUAUGCGUGCUGGGCCAGGCUCCCCGCCCACCUAUCUUGGUCAGAAUAUGGUGCCUGGUCACAAUCAAUCUUAUGGCAGCUCGAACGAAAAGAUUGGUUUGAACGUAACUCAAUCAGGAGUGCCUACCCAAGUGGCGGGCAGAUAUGGGAAUAUAAUGAGCUGGGAAUUAUUGUAUAGGUCUACGAACACUCUUUUGAAGGUCCAACUUCAAGCCGGCGCAUCUCUCAAUGCCCAUUCUGGGUGCAUGGUCGGGAUGUCGCACAGCAUCGCCAUCGAGAGCAAGACAAAGUUUGGCAAUAUGUUCAAGUCAGGUGAAGUUUUCUCGUCGACAUUCCAUGCCAAGAACGGUCCUGGAUAUAUCCUGCUUGCUCCCGCGAUUUAUUCGGACGUCAUCGCUCUAGAGGUGAAUGGUUCUGAUGGUUACUUGAUCGGAGACGCCGAGCAAUACAUCGCUUCCACGCUAGAAAUAAAAAAGGAGACCAAAUUCGCAGGACUUAGUAACGGAGUGUUAUCCGGCACAGGCCUAGCCAUCAUCAAGAUAUCGGGACGCGGCGUUUGCUUUGUUAAGGCUAUCGGCGCCAUUCACCGUAUCGACUUACAGCCAGGCGAGGACUUUAUCAUCGACAACGGGCAUCUUUGCGCCUGGACUUCAACCAUGAAGCUCAAGACCGAAACGGCCGGCGGCUUCUUCACAUCCCUGAAAACCGGCGAGGGUAUCGUUUGUCGCUUCACAGGCCCUGGUACGAUCUAUCUCCAGACGCGCAAGCCCAAAGCCGUUGCUGCGUGGAUCAAAGAGCAGAUGGAAUAG